AUGGGCGUGUUCAGCAAGAAGAGAGACGACGCCGACGACGGCAACCGCACCGCCCUGUUCGGCAGCCGCAAGAAGAGCGACAAGGCGGCGCCGGCGAGCAAUCCCUACGCAGCCGCCCCGGGCAAGGACCCCUACGCACAGCCGCCGCCGCAGUACCCGGGCCCCAGCGACGGCUUCCGCCAGGACAAGACGCCCGCCGUCACCGCGCCCGGCCAGCAGUAUGGCGGUCGCGGAGGGGGAGGAGGCUACGGCGCCCAGGGAGGCAGCUACGGCGCCCAGAGCGGCUACGGAAACGAGCGCUACGACAGCGCGCCGGCACCACAGCAGCAGAGCGCCCGCGGGCCCGGUGGCUACGGAGGCCUGGGCCGCACCAACUCGACCGACACCGACGCCAACAAGGCUGACCUCUUUGGCAACGCCGCCCAGCGCCAGCAGCAGCCGCCGCCGCCCCAGCAGCCCGGCGCGUACGGGCAGUCGACCCCCGGUGCCUACGGGGCCGGCUCGGGCGGCUAUGGGGCCUACGGCGAUCGCGAGCUGACGGCCGAGGAGCAGGAGGAGGAGGACAUUGGCGCCACCAAGCAGGAGAUCAAGUUCAUGAAGCAGCAGGACGUCAGCAGCACCCGCAACGCCCUGCGCCUCGCCCAGCAGGCCGAGGAGACGGGCCGCGACACGCUGGCACGCCUGGGAGCCCAGGGCGAGCGCAUCCACAACACCGAGCGCAACCUCGACCUGGCCUCGACCCAGAACCGCAUUGCCGAGGAAAAGGCCCGCGAGCUGAAGACCCUCAACAAGUCCAUGUUCGCCAUGCACGUCUCCAACCCCUUCACCGCCUCGUCGCGCCGCCAGGCCCGCGACGACAAGAUCAUGGAGAACCACCACCGCGACCGCGAGGCCCGCGACGCCACCCGCAAGGCCGCCUGGGAGUCGUCGGCGCGCCAGGACAACCAGAACCGCACGAUGCAGGGCAUGUCGGGCGCCAACAAGAAGGCGUCGCUCGCCGAGCGCGCAAAGUACCAGUUCGAGGCCGACAGCGACGACGACGCCAUGGAGAAUGAAAUCGACGCCAACCUCGACGCCCUGCACGGCGCCGCCCGCCGCCUCAACCACCUCGGCCGCGCCAUGGGCCAGGAGGUCGAGACGCAGAACGAGCACAUUGGCCGCAUCAUCGGCAAGACGGACAAGGUCGACGACCAGAUUGCCAUGAACAGGUCGCGUCUGGAGAGGAUCGAGAAGAUGUAG